CGUCACUCCCGCUUUUCGCUAGGCGAUAUACGUAAGGACUCUAAGUAAGAUUGAUUGCUUUUUCUGGUGAUGAAUCGGCACUAUUGGGUAUGAGGUGGCGAUAGAAGACCCUGAAUUUGAUGGCUGCUGGAUUAGGAGGUCGGAGAUGUUUUGUGACGCCAUCGUGGAAACCCUUCUUGCGUUCAAUGCUGGCAUGUGAUAAAUGCAUACUUUAGUUAGAAGACAGCGAUAUUGUUUCAGGGACAAUCGAUUUGUAGCUAAGACAGAUUGAUUCUAACCGUUAUGCUAGAGGUACCUCUGGAACUGCGAUAGUUUAGCUUCAGCUUUUGUGUAGUUGAAGGUCGCCCAGCAGAAUCGCCUCGUAUGUUCGCAUAGCUGUAGAAGGUUUUAGCUAGAAACAGCAUCGCAAAGGAAUUGUAACAAUUGUUUCAUGAACAAUGGAACUGUUUUCUUCCCCCUGCAAGGAUAUAAAAUAUGUCUUUUGGGACAGGAGUCAAAAUUGGCUUUGUUUUCUUCACCACUAGUCACCUUCGACUUAUCACAACUUACUUCAUUGUUACACUCCCACCAAACGAAACCAAAUACUGUCAGAGAAUCGAGAAUGUCUGCUAACAACGCAGGUAACUCCAAGCCCUCUGAAAUGUCGAAUGUCCGACGGUAUGACCCCCAGUUACUUGAACAUGAUAUGGUAACGUAUGAACGGCCCAACAGCGAGCUCUUCCUUGAUGUGCCUCUGAGUCCGCCUUUGGGCCCAUCUUCUCAAGAUCCCUUUAAAAGUGAGUCCUCUCAGCAAAGUGAACCUGCAACACUUAUUCAAAGUUCUUGUCGGUUUCCCCUUGAAAGUGUAUCUUCCGAGGAAUGUGAACCUACAACACCUCCUCAAGCACAAAGUAUUCCACAGAAUGAACGGCAACAUCCCCGGCUACACCAACCCAGUUUAGGAGUAAGUCUUGAAAGGCAUAUCAGUGAACUCUCCCUGACUCCAGUUCAAGAUGGGUUCCAGCCCCUUAUUCCGCAAUUCCCGGGUAUACCAUUAGAUCUCAAUGAUGUAAAGCAGCCUACGUCGACGUGGGACACCUAUCCAUUCGACUCUGCCGAGCCCGGAGGACUCAGAGCUCCCGUCCCCGAGCUUAAUUAUACUGCCUGGUUAGAAAGCGUUGAAAUCAAGGAUGAGACCUGUAAAAGGAACCUUGAUAGAUAUAUCUGGGGGCCCCGACUGGCACAGAGUGACGAGGAGAAGGCUAUAGUUGAGCGAGUGUACUCGUACUUGAAGCUGGAGGACCAUGUGGUUCUUUACUUUUUAAGAACUGAGGGGUUAAGGGAUGAGGGCCUGGGCAGCUUUUGGCUGCCGGAUGAGGUGAGGACAAGCUUUGAGAGUGUUAUUGAGAUGCAUGCGAAGCAUGCAAAGAAACGUGGCGGCGUGUUUAAGGUGAGUGAUGCUUAA